GGGGAGGCUGCAGCCGCCACCGAGCUGCAGCAGCGGAGCGGGAGAAAUAAGGAGCCAGACGGGAGCAGAGGCUGAGCACAGGGACGGCGGACGCGGAGACGAGUCAGAGACAUCAGAGCGCCACCAGACACGAGCCCUCGCCUCAUCCUCAGCAGACAUGGCCAACUUCGCCGGCACCUGGAAGAUGAAGAGGAGCGAGAAUUUCGAUGAACUUCUCAAAGUCCUGGGAGUGAACGCCAUGCUGAGGAAGGUGGCCGUGGCCGCCGCCUCCAACCCGCACGUGGAGAUCCGCCAGGACGGAGAGCAGUUCUACAUCAAGACGUCCACCAGCGUGCGCACCACCGAGAUCAACUUCCACAUCGGGGAGGAGUUCGACGAGGAGACGGUGGAUGGACGCAAGUGCAAGAGCUUCGCCACCUGGGAGUCAGAGAACAAAAUCUACUGUAAGCAGACUCUGGUGGACGGCGACGGCCCCAAGACCUACUGGACCCGGGAGCUGAGCGGCGAUGAGCUCGUACUGGUCUUUGGGGCGGACGACGUCGUGUGCACGCGGGUUUACGUCCGGGAAUGAAGGUCGGCGCCGGGACGCAGCAGAACCCCAGUAGAACCACAAGCCCAACAGCACUCAUCAUGUCUGUCAUGCUAAUAUAUUAACAAGUGUCAUGAGCCUUCAGCAUCAGUCUGCUGUAACCGGCUCAGUCGUAGUGAAUCUAUGUCAGCUUUUCAGUAGCCGGGAACUUCAGUGUCCAAUUCAACUCCAGUGUUUAUUUAGGACUUAGUCGUUGUUUGCAUUGAAUAAGACCAAGUGUGUUUAAUGACAAUAAAAGAUGGAACAAAGAACAAAA